AUGGCCUACGAGGUCAAUAAAGAGGCGUCGUCGCCAUCGCGGCGCCGGAGGAGGCGGGAUCUGGUCACUCUGUCAUUGCUUUUUGAAGUACCGUCAUUCGUUAUGUUGGGGUUCGACAAGCUCCCUGCCGCCUGGUUUCUGGCAAUGAUGUCGGCCGCGCCGGUGACAUCGACGCUCCUCUACGCUGCCUCCCACGCCGGAACUGUGACGACUCUGGACCUCCAGACCUCGGAGGCCGGAACGACGCUGAAAGCGAUUGCCUCGACCACGGCGUGCGCGGCGAACCCCUCGUGGCUCACUCUCGACCAGUCCAAGUCCCUCCUGUACUGCGCGGACAGAGGCCUCACGAAUCCCAACGGCACUCUUGUUUCUUUCCAAAAGACUGAGAACGGAACCCUCAUACCCCUAGGCAGUCUCCCGACCAUCAAGGGAGCGGUCAGCUCAGUUGUGUAUGGUAAAAAUGGCGGAGGCAUUGCCCUGGCCUCUUACCCGGCGUCGUCAUUCGAGGUCUUCUCUAUCGAGGAUCCGACCGACAUCAAGAGGUUGCAGUCUUGGACCUACACACUGGACCAGGCCGGCCCCAAACCGGCGCAGAACGCCCCGCAUCCCCACGAAGCCAUCCUGGACCCCACGGGGCAGUACAUCCUGGUGCCGGAUCUGGGAGCCGACCUCGUGCGGGUCUUCUACAUUGACCAGGACUCGUACCAGCUGACGCCCGUCGCGCCUCUGAGCGUGGCGGUGGGCAGCGGUCCCAGACACGCCAGGUUCCUCGUCACCGAGGAGAAGAAGACAUAUUUCUUCGUGCUGGCCGAGCUCGACAACAUCGUCACCACGUACGAGGUGAAGUACGGCUGCAACAAGACCCUGAGCUUCGAGGAAGUUUUCUCGGUCGGGACUCACGGGCCGGACAACACCGUUCCGGCCGGUGCUGCCGCCGCUGAGAUUCACAUCUCGCCUGACUCUGAGUACCUGAUCGUCUCCUCGCGCAACGUCAGCCUUUUCAACAUUCCCAACUUUGACCCCAACAACAGCACCGAGAUCCGGUCCGACGCCAUCACCAGCUUCAAAAUCGACCACCAAACCGGCCAUCUCAACUUCACCCAGAUCUUCCCCUCAGGCGGCAGGUUCCCGCGCCAGUUUUCCAUCAACAAGGCCGGCACCCAGCUUGCUGUCGGUCUCCAGCAGGACGGACGUGCGGUAAUCAUUGACCGCGACGUCAGCACUGGUCUCCUGAAGGGCUUUGCCGCCGACAUCUCGAUUACGGGAGAGGUUGUCUGUGUAAUCUUUGACGAAUGAGUUACAGACACCCAUGGGAAACGUCUUCAUCUUGAGGAAAACGGAAAGAAACGUCCAGUUUUGGGAUCGAAGAUGGUUUGACUACAUAAUCAAAUCGAUUGUCAACAGACCGAGAUAACCCAGUACUCAUGAAAUGUGGGUUUGCACAUCGCUAGCCUUGGGAAUGACUUGUCAAACGAUGGCCGUCAAAGAAGCCAUUUGCCCUCGGCCUGCAUCUUCUCUUUCGCUCGCUUCCAGUGUCCUAUGUCGAACUUCCAUACCCAGACUUCUUGAUUGGCAUCGUAACUUGCUUGGUUUCUCCCCUCGAUAUCGGCCAGGCCCGCCGCCCGCAUGAGCGCUCGCCACGGUUCAUUGUUGUCGCCUGUUUCGGCCCGGAAAAGCUCGCAGCCAAGCUCGACAAAAGCGUACUCUACCAACACGCUGACCAGCUCCAAACCGUAGCCUCUCCGCCAGUGACCGUGGUCGAUGAUGAUGCCAAAGUCUGUCAUGCACUUGUUGCCCGGCGAGAGAGUCGUCUCCGAGAGGAACUCGACGGGGUCUACGGACUCGAAUGUGUUGUAACCUCCGUAUCCGAUGAGCUGGCCCGUCUCUCGGAGGGUGACGACCAUGAAAGCGUUCUUUCCUUUGGCAGUGAACUCGGCGAAUCUGCCGAUGCGGGUACGGAGUCCUUCGAUCGUGAGAUUGGUUUCGGGUUCCCCGAAAGGAAAAUUCUCGGGGUUUGUCAUGAGGCUGUGGAAAGCGUUCGCGUCCGAAUCCGUUGCGGUCCGAACGAUGAGCCUUGGGGACUUGAUCUCAUACGCCGGGCGGGCGAACUGGGAAGACGUCAUUGUGGUCAGGACUUGAAGGGUAGGAUAAUAUUGACCAGGCUUCAGUUGUUGCGUGUGCGAUGCGCCCAAUGACAGAGGCGGCUCUAUUGCUGUAGUAAUCAAGCAUUUGAACUGGC